GAGAGGCUUUCUCAGCCAUAUUCAUUUCCCGGGCCUGCCGCUCUGGGGGUCUUUUCUCUCUGGUUUAGCCAAAAACUAAGGAGUGGAAGCGAGCGACGAUGUUCGGGUUGGGGUUUUCCUUUCCCGGAGGGCUGUCUUGCGCGUUGCCCGUUCAGCGCAGAAGAUUUCUUCCUAGGGGAGGAGGACGGCAGCAAAGCAACCAAUCAGCGAGAAAAGCGAGCCAGCCGCAGUCUUUUUAGGGAGGCAGCCAAGCGGACAGGCUCACGCGACGGCGGCCGAGAAGGACCCUUUUCUGCGCUGAACGUGACGGGGAGCGCGUGGCCAGCCCGUCGGUUUUUGCGCACGGUCCCAGGAGGCGCGAAUCUUUGUCCCGUUGCUCGAGCCAUGUCCGUUAGCGAGAUGUUUAUCGCCUUGCAGGGGGUGCUCACCGCCGACCAGGAUAUCCGCGAGGAGAUUAGGAAAGUUGUUCAUGGUGUGGAGCAAACUGCCCGGGAAAUUUUGACUGUUCUUCAAGGAGUCCACCAGGGUUCUGGAUUUCAAGACAUACCAAAGAAAUGUCAGAAGGCUCGAGAACACUUUAACACUGUUAAAAUACAUCUGGCUUCUCUGAAAACAAAGUUUCCUGCAGAUCAAUAUUACAGAUUUCAUGAACACUGGAGAUUUGUGCUCCAACGACUGGUGUUCUUAGCAGCAUUUGUUGUCUAUCUGGAAACAGAAACCUUGGUGACACGGGAAGCUGUUACUGAAAUUCUUGGAAUUGAAGCUGAUAGAGAAAAAGGCUUUCAUCUGGACAUUGAGGAUUAUCUUUCUGGAGUAUUGACUCUUGCAAGUGAGCUGUCUAGGUUAGCCGUGAACAGUGUGACAUCUGGGGACUAUUCUCGGCCACUUCGCAUCUCUGUUUUCAUCAAUGAGUUAGAUUCAGGAUUCCGCCUGCUCAAUUUGAAAAAUGAUUCCCUGAGGAAACGCUACGAUGGCCUCAAGUAUGAUGUCAAGAAAAUAGAAGAGGUGGUUUAUGACUUGUCAAUCAGAGGACUCAGCAAAACGGCAACCGGAGGUGCUGGUGAGGAGAAAUAGAAAAGGCCUCACUGAACUGCAUUCAUGAUUACCUCAGUAAUGUGGCCAAUGAAAGAGAAGCUUUAACUGAGCUCUCUAGCAGUAAUGUAGAAGAACCACAAGCUACAAACUUGUUUUUCCCCAUCUGAACACUUAGUAUAUGUCUGACUUGAAAACCUUCUAAACUGUUCUGUAAAUCCCCCAUCUAGUGGACUGUGUUUGCAGUAUAAGUUACUAUGAUAUAAACUGUAUUUGUGAAUUAUGACCUUUAUUGUCUAAUAGUCCUGCAGUCUCAAACAUGGUAAUUAGUUGCUACUGUAUCUUAGUAUCAGGCUGAGCUGAUUCUUUCUGGACCUCUCCAUAAUUCACAUUUAGUACAAUGAGUGCCCAUUUUAAAAGGAGCACUUGAUUUCAACAUGUGUAAAUAUGUUUAUCAUUAGAAUGAAAUCAGAAUACUUCAUUUUCUAUUCUUGUUAGAUUGUAAGAUUUCAGAUGUAAUGUAAUUGGUUCCAUAAGUAAACAUGUUAGGAAUAUAUUUCUAAACGAUCAUUAUAUAGUACAGAGAAUCUAUUCUGAAGUAAGCCGAUCCUUAAACAUUGGAAAGAACUGUGAACCAUUCCUAAUACAUUUAUAUGCAUAUUCUUAGUCUAUAUCCAGUUGUUGUUGUUCUUUAAAUUGAGAACAUCAAAAUGUGUUUGUGGUUUAGUGAUGGGCAAAGGGCGAUAUGCAGUUAAAUUGCUUGAAAUCUGUACUUGAGUCAGAUACUUAGUGUCCAUUCAGUUUAAAAUAAGGUUCUAAAUUGAUCUUUAGUAAAUAGGGUAGAGAAAAAUGUCAGCUAAAUCCUAAUUAUACUUACCUGAAUGCUGGUUGUUUUCAUUCAGCUCAUUUCCAGCAAACUUACAUAAGAUCAUCAGCUUAGAAUAGUAAGAUGCAGAUGUUAAGCAAACUGACUAUAUGGUUACUUAUUCUGUUUCCUCUCCUAUGUUAAUAUUUGAUUGUCACCUUCACUGUCAUUCUGGUAUAAACUACAUGUUAUUUCUGAAAUGUAUAAUGACGUGUUUCUGUUUGAUCAUUUUGCAUAUACAAUGUUUUGUCUCAUUCUUUCUCCAUUGUUUGUGUUUUUUGAGAAAGAUUAUCUCCCAAAGAAUAAAAAACAUGUACUUUAUGGUAAUUCAUAUAAGCAUCCUUGUUUAUAAAGUUUUUCCUUGUUCUGGUUGCUGUUUUUGAAAUGUUCAAUGGGAAGCAAAUACUUCCUUUGUUAAAAUUGCUAAAUAAAAAUAAAAAUACAUUUUUUAAACAUGG